AUGCUUUCUUCUUCCGAUCCUUCUAAUAUUAAUACAAACUCGUCGUUAAAAACCGCUCCAAACUUUUUAACUUCUCCUACAAGUUACAUAAGCUAUCAUGUUCAAUCUUUAUUAAUCAAAGUCCUUAAACAAGGCCCGAUUCCACAACAUUUAGGAUUUAUCAUGGAUGGAAACCGCAGAUUUGCAAGAAAGAUGAACUAUAAACAGGUUGUUGAUGGUCAUUUUAUGGGAUAUGAUAAAUUACAAGAGGUAUUGGAUAUUUGUUUGCACCUUGGAGUUAAAGUUGUUACGAUAUAUGCAUUCAGUAUUGAGAAUUUUAACCGUCCAAAGGAAGAG